CAUCUUCUCCCUUUUUUUCUUACUGGUUUAAUAAAUCAUUGCCACAAUCUGCCCCAUCACACUUUUGUAGAAAUCUUAAUAGCUCACUCCUCACCUGCUCUCGCACGCACAGUACUUGACUUUGUAGAUACACUAGAGAGGAGAGAAUUAUUGUGCUGUAUUUGCUUCAUCUUCAGCUAGGAAAGGAGAUUUGGACGAUCCUAGAAGCUUCUGGUGUUGAAAUUUUAGCUGGGUAUUUUAUGUUUGCUGUUAUUUAGUAGAUUGGGCGAUUGCAGAAGUAGCUUCUGAUCCUUAGAAAUGUUGGAUCGGUACUCGGCAUCGAGGUACGGAGGCUUCCGGCCGGAGAAUUUGGGCCAGAAUGCCCUGGGAAUGAUUGGUAAUCUUUGCUUCACUAUGUUUGUGCUUGGUGUCUUAAUCUUUACAAUUAUUGCCGCCACUUAUGAACCCGAAGACCCUUUGUUUCACCCAUCAACCAAAAUCACCACAUUUCUCACAUCCACCUCCAAUGCCACUUUUAAAUCUGAUAACACCGUUGUCAAGACCGGUGAGGAUUUCAUGGCCUCGAACCAAACCGCAUUCGCCGCGUUUAUUAACAUAACAGAUGUCGACUAUGAGUCUGCCCUAGUUUCAGACCAUGGUACUAGUAGUACCCUUGAAGAAACCCAUUGCGAGGGCAGUAUGGAUACCCCAAUUGAUUGUAGGGACCCUGAAGUCUUCCAUAUGAUGAUGAGGGCUGCUAUAGAACGGUUUAAGGAUAUCCAUUUUUACCGGUUUGGGAAACCGGUUCCUGGGUCUAAUGAUAGCACCUGUGAUAUGGCAUGGCGAUUUAGGCCCAAGGAAGGGAAGACAGCCUCCUUUUAUAAGGAUUACAGGAGGUUUGUGAUUUCAAGGUCUAUGAAUUGUACCCUUAGUGUGGUUGAGAUUGGUGAUUACCACACAGGGGUGAAUGCGAGGAAGAGGAAGAAGAAUCAGAAACCUGGGUUUGAGAAGAAACCAGAGAAGCAAGACCAGGUUACUACGUUGCCUGUUGUUGGGGAGGUUGUGAAUGAUACCCUUCCCGUGGUUGAGUCUGAAGGUUCAUUUGGCCGAGGGAAAUACUUGAUUUACGAAGGUGGUGGUGAUAGAUGCAAGAGCAUGAACCAUUACUUGUGGAGUUUCUUGUGUGCUUUAGGUGAAGCUCAGUACUUGAACCGAACAUUGGUUAUGGAUCUGCGUAUGUGUUUGUCUUCAAUUUACAGUUCAUCGAAUCAGGAUGAGGAAGGCAAAGAUUUCAGGUUUUAUUUUGACUUUGAGCAUUUAAAAGAUGCAGCAUCUGUGUUGGACCAUGGUCAGUUUUGGUCAGAUUGGAAUAAAUGGCAGAAGAAAGAUGGGUUGAGUCUCUAUCUCGUGGAGGAUUUUAGGGUCACGCCAAUGAAACUUGCUGAAGUGAAGGAUGCUUUGAUUAUGAGAAAAUUUGGGUCUGUGGAGCCAGACAAUUACUGGUACAGGGUCUGUGAAGGGGAGACAGAGUCUGUAAUUCAACGACCAUGGCAUCUGAUAUGGAAAUCAAGACGGUUGCUGGAUAUAGUGUCAGCGAUUGCAUCAAGGUUGAAUUGGGAUUAUGACUCUGUCCAUAUUGUGAGAGGGGAGAAGGCAAGGAACAGGGAGCUCUGGCCUAAUCUUGAUACAGAUACUUCACCUGAUUCACUUCUAUCAACCUUGAGGGACAAGGUUGAAGAUGGGAGGAACCUGUAUAUUGCAACAAAUGAACCUCAUACAUCGUUCUUUGAUCCUUUGAAGGAUAAGUAUUCUACUCAUUUCCUUGACGAGUACAAGGAUCUUUGGGAUGAGAACAGUGAGUGGUACUCAGAGAUGACAAAUCUGAACCAGGGGAAUCCAGUUGAAUUUGAUGGUUACAUGAGGGUAUCAGUGGAUACAGAAGUGUUCUUGAGAGGGAAAAAGCAGAUUGAAACCUUCAAUGAUCUCACGAACGAUUGCAAGGAUGGCAUUAACACCUGCACUGCUUCGUCCAGCUAAUUACCACGUAUGAGGUUCCAAAAGUUGCUUCUUCCCCACGUUUGGGAAUAUCCAGGUGUACCUUUUAGUUAUUCUGUGUUGCAUCUGAGAACUUGUAAGCUUUUUUUAAUCUAUUGUUUUAAUGCGUUUUGUACCUGUAAACCCAAUUAUGGAUGUUUCAAUACUAGUUUUCUUUGGAGAUCCUAA